GAAAAUAAUAAAUCCACUGGCAGUCAACCCAAUAGAAGUCACUAGUUUAAUAUAAGAUAUACAAAUACGGACAGUUUUCUUGUUUAUUUUCUAUUCAUUUCUGCUUCUACCUUGCCACAGAGAGAGAGAGAGAGAGAGAGAGAGAGAGAGAGGAGGGGGAGAGAAUGGAGGACUCAUCCAAAUCAUCAGAAAAUGAAAACCCAGAAGCCAAAUUGGAAGAUGAUCCCACACGCUUUAGCAAAUCUCUCCAGGAGCUCAAGGAUUUGUGUUCUCAGCUUCACUACGCCGCCGAUUACUGCGAAACAUCAUUCGUCAGUGCUGACCAUGCACACAAAAAAAGUGUGGUGCAAAACACCAAAGAGUACUUAUGCAGGGCAGUGGUCACAGUCGUUGAUCAUCUUGGAAGCGUCUCAGCUAAUCUAGAUUACCGGCUUUCAAACGACUGCGCAUUUUCAGAAACAGAGUUCAGAAUUAAUGGACUGAAACAAAGACUCGUCGCUUGCCAACAAUACAGUCACCAACUUGGUUUCACCAAAGUAAGCUGGAACGCAAGCUUUCCCAGAUAUAACCCCCGUUACAUAUUUCCUCCAAUGGUAAAUCGCCAGAUAUCAAUGGAACUUUUGAGGAAAGGCGGGUCUCCAGUUGCUGCUAAAACUAUUAGUAAGCAUGAAUUUGUGGCAGAAGAGGAGGUGCCUCUUUUCUUAUACACAAGCAACCGGAAGCCAUCUCUAGUUAAGGAUUCAAGUACAGAAACAGAUAACCAAAGUUCAACAUCAGUAUUGCCUGUUCGCGAUGGCCUGUCUGCACUGCCAAAAGCUUCGAAUCCUUUGUUUCAUUUUGAGAGCAAGCCAACCAAGCCGGCCCCCUCUUCCUCGUCGACUGGUGUGGCCCCACAAGAAGGCCAAUUCCCCAAAUUCCAGCGUAAGCCCAAACGCAACACUCUAAAUUGGAAAUCAGUGCAGAACAGCGACAUUGCGACACUCAUUCGGAAAACUAAACGAGCAAUGUAGAUGAUAUAUGGAGGCUUGGAAUACUGCUUUUUUCCAAAUGGACGUUUUCAGGUUCUCUCUCCCUUCAUGAAAAUUACCUUAGGUAAAGAUAAUCAGGCACCGUGUAAGUAGAAAGUUUGUUGAAGGAGAUGAACUUCCUUUGAUAUAAUGAAGCAUGCUUGUAGUGUAUGUGAAUCCAGUUUGUGUUCGGUAAAUGUAGAUGGAGUUAGAUGUUCUUAAA